GUAAUAAACGAGAAAGUUAAGAAACUUGAGAAGCUAGAACCUUCGGCUUCAGUUUUGUAAUUAAAACUUAAAAGGGUUAAUGUAAUAAAACCAGUCGAAAUCCUGUCUUUGCGUCUAUAGCAUCAUCAAGCCGGAGGAAUCUCGUUUCAAGGUUUUCCUUCUUUCAGAGAAGUUAACUGAUAAAAAUUCAAUGGUUAAUGCCAUCAAAGGAGUGUUCAUCUCCUGCGAUAUUCCGAUGGCACAGUUCAUAGUGAACAUGAACAGUUCGAUGCCAUCGUCUCAGAAAUUUAUAAUUCAUGUACUUGAUGGUACACACUUGUUUGUGCAGCCACAUGUUGAGCAGAUGAUUCGCAGCACCAUUUCUGAGUUUAGAGACCAGAACUCUUACGAGAAGCCUACUUAGAUCACACAUGCUUCCUUUUCAGAUGAAUAAGAAAUAAGGUCGAGAGUGUUGUGCAAGAUUAGAUUAUAAUAAACAUUGUCAAAUUAUUCUCUCUUUACCGGUUUGGAAUCAGUCUGUUGUCUGAGACUCAGUUUGUGAUGUUGGUGUGCACUGUUGUGGAAAACUCAUUUCUACAAGCGAGUAUGAGACUGUUUAUCUGUUUU